UGUGUGAUGCACAUGGCAAGAGCACCAGUAGCAGUGGUAGAGGACCAGGUCAGCAGCAGCCAAAGAGCCAGGAGAGAUCCCAAGCAAGACCCCUCCACUGUCCUGAGAAAAGGACAUUGUUAUUUGAAUAGAAGCAUGGAGCAAAGCACUGACGAAACUCAGCCAGAUGCUUCACAGAACAAGACCCUUGCUGACAGAACUAGGUCUUCAGAGGAGACCUCCAGAGGUGAAUAUGAGGCUUCACAAGACAAAAACACAGCUUUGGGUGGAACCAAUAUAGAACAAUGGGAGAAAUGUUUGGAAGACACACACAGUGAAAUGACACCUCAAUUUAAAGAUGUACUGAAACGUAUACAGCUUUUGGAAGAACACUGCAGGAAACUGAAUCCUCAAUUUGAAGUUCUACUGAAACGUGUACAGCUUUUGGAAGCACACCGCAGUGAAAUGACUCCUCAAUUUAAACACGUACAGAAACGUGUACUGCUUUUGGAAGAACACUGCAGUGAAAUGACUCCUCAAUUUAAAGGUCUACUGAAAUGUGUACAGCUUUUGGAAGAACACUGCAGUGAAAUGACUCCUCAAUUUAAAGGUCUACUGAAAUGUGUACAGCUUUUGGAAGAACACUGCAGUGAAAUGACUCCUCAAUUUAAAGGUCUACUGAAAUGUGUACAGCUUUUGGAAGAACACUGCAGUGAAAUGACUCCUCAAUUUAAAGGUCUACUGAAAUGUGUACAGCUUUUGGAAGAACACUGCAGUGAAAUGACUCCUCAAUUUAAAGAUGUACUGAAACAUGUACAGCUUUUGGAAGAGCAUGGCAGUGAAAUGACUCCUCAAUUUAAAGAUGUUCUGAAACGUGUACUUCUUGUGGAUGAACACUGCAGUGAAAUGACUCCUCAAUUUAAACAUGUACGGAAUCGUAUACAACUUUUGGAAGAACACUGCAGUGAAAUGACUCCUCAAUUUAAACAUGUACGGAAUCGUAUACAACUUUUGGAAGAACACUGCAGUGAAAUGACUCCUCAAUUUAAAGAUGUACUGAAACAUGUACAGCUUUUGGAAGAGCAUGGCAGUGAAAUGACUCCUCAAUUUAAACAUGUACGGAAUCGUAUACAACUUUUGGAAGAACACUGCAGUGAAAUGACUCCUCAAUUUAAACAUGUAUGGAAACAUGUACUGCUUUUGGAAGAACACUGCAGUGAAAUGACUCCUCAAUUUAAAGAUCUACUGAAAUGUGUACAGCUUUUGGAAAAAUACUGCAGUGAAAUGACUCCUCAAUUUAAAGAUCUACUGAAAUGUGUACAGCUUUUGGAAAAAUACUGCAGUGAGAUGACUCCUGAAUUUAAAGAUGUACUGAAACGUGUACUGCUUUUGAAAGAACACUGCAGGGAGGUUUCCAGAAUGGUCAGUUUGGAAAAGUUCCAUCAGAAGGAAGAAGAGUGUGAAAAACUGAAGGAAGAGAAAAGAGUCUUGGAGCAAAGAUUGGACCAUUUCUUGGCCAAGGCAGUGGAAAGCCAUAAGUUCUCUGAGAACUUGAAUGAUCCCUGUCGAUUAACAGCUGUGCUGAAGAUGUACGACUGGCUCCAGACGCAUGAGUGGGAGAAAGCCAAAUGUGCUGCAAGAGCCUCCGGCUUCUCAAUGACAUAUAAAGAUGGUGGCACCAUAAUUAAG